UCGGGAACCAGUGCCACAAAAAUUAGGAAUAAUUUUUUGUCUGUGAUGGGUGACACCCCUAUAAAUAUUGGUGUUUUUUUUGUUGUUAAUCACUGUUAUAAAUUGUAAAAAUCACGUCGAAAGGAAAGUGUCGCCUCUUGCGUACUCCGAAAGCCAUGCCACGACUACAGUUGCCGAAAAAAUAAGGAAUGCAGCCCGUAAUAAAGAUGACACCCAGUUUGUGAGACAACCCGCAUAGACAAUACAGCACUUCCCGCCACCCUCUGCGCGAGCAUGCGCUGCGCUUUGUAACAAACGAGGAUGGAGAAACAGACGGAGACCGAAAUGCUCAUCCCCGUGUCGUCGGACGAGUGCGGCGCGAGCGGGGGUGAGAGCGACAGCGACGAGGACGUCGUCACCGAUUACCAGCUCCUCGACGUGCAGACCACGAGGGACGACCUGCCCCUGAUCGAUAACGUGACGUCGGGGUCGGGCGAAAGGGGCGGGUCCCACGCGUUGCCGACCAUAAGUCUGACGUCGUAUUCGCCGACAACUGCCAUGCGCACUUACGCCGUCCUCGAGGACAGCCUGCAGCAGGUGCACGAGCUGCGCGAGUCGGUGCAACUAAUGAGGAACACAUCGGCGACGACCCGCGACUUUACCGUCUUCGCGCUGAACGCGUCCGCGUCCCUGACGCAGUCGUCCAGGUUCAGCGCCAGCUGUCCCGCGCUAAACGACGCCGCCGGGCACGACUCGGACACAUUCGUCGGGUCGUUGGGCUCGUCGCCGCUCACCCACUCGCUCAGCAGGAAAGAGAGUCGGGCGCAGGACUGGGCCCCCGCGGACGUACAACGGCGAAAGUCCUGGCCCGGGUUCGAGGACAUCUCGACCUUGAUCAAGUUGAAACAGAAACGGCAACGGAGCGUCUCAUUGGGCUCGAUGGAGUCGAUAGCGGACGACCCAUCGCUGGUGGACACCAUCGACGGCAGCGCCGCCCGUCUCACGGACAGACAUCGAAGCAGGGGCGGCGGCAACACGCGCUCCCUCAACGAAACGGACCUGCACGAUUUCGCCAAGGUCAAGUUGAAACGCGACUCGGAACAGCUCCACCUCUUGGCGCAACGGCCGCUACAGAAAUCGGUAUCGACGCCGUCGAUCAUACCGUUCGGCGACCUGGCACUGAAACCGUCCGGCGACGACGUGCAACCGAUCCUGCAGAUUGGCAGACCGAGCAGCAUGGAGCGGGGCAUAGAGGACGGGCGCCGUUCGAGCCACACCGACUACGAGAUCCGCAUCAAGGAGCACCUGCAGAACGUGACGUACGACCCGCAUCCGGAAAAGUUGCGCAAGCGCGGCAGCUUGUUUUUCCGCAAGAAAAAGGAAAAGACCAAGAAGUUUCCGCACCAGUGGGUGUCGGCGAGUUACGGCACGUCGCACGUGUGCGACGUAUGCAACAAGGCGCUCAGCAGUAAGCCCGCGUUGUACUGCGAGCCGUGCGGCACCACCGUCCACCAGAAUGCGUGCAAGGACACCAUCUCCGAAUGCGUCAACGUGAAGAUCAAGAACGCGAAGAGCAUGGCGAAGCUGGCGAGCUUCACGGUGCCGCUCACGUCGGCCAAGCACCAUCAGGCAUCGAAGAGAGGAUCGGGGUUCGCGGUGAACGCUUGCGACGACAAGGACGGCGACCAGCAGCACGACGGUGCCAAUUUCGCUGACGACGUCGCUCUCGUGCAGUUCGAGUUUCUGUCGGGUACGACGGUAACGGCGGCCGAUUUAUGCCCCGACCUGAGCCUCGGUUUCUACGAUAACGAACCUGAUUCGUGGACGACCCACGUAGGCAAAGAAAUCGCCAGGAAACUGAAGCAGAAAGAGGUAAAACGACAGGAGCACAUCUACGAGUUCAUCCUGACCGAAAAGCACCACUGCAUGACCCUGCUGGUUAUGCAGAAGAUCUUCGUUGACGGUUUGCAAAAGUACUUCAAUCUGGGACCCAACUUGGAACGCAUGUUCCCGCGCCUGUCCGACCUCACCGAUCUUCACCUCGGCUUUCUGUCAAAACUGAGGCAGAGGCAACGCGAGAGCGCCGUCGUCUCGUCCAUAGCCGACAUCUUGCUCGAAGAAUUUUCCGACCUCAACGCCGUCAGGCUCAAAUCCGCAUAUGGCGAGUUUUGUAGCCGGCACCGCGACGCCGUCGACACAUACCGCGAGUGUAUCCAAAGCGACGCCCAAUUCGGCGAGUUCGUUAAGCAUUGCCAGACGAAUCCACUGUUGAAAAAGAAAGGCAUCCCGGAAUGCAUCCUGUUCGUUACCCAACGCCUCACCAAGUAUCCCCUGCUCAUAGAGCCGCUGAUUAAAACGUGCAAAGAGAACCAGCAGGAGUUGGACGUUUUGCAGAAAGCCCUGAGGCUUGUCAAGGAGAUCCUUGUCGAGGUGGAUGCGCAGGUCGCGCAGAAGGAGCGCGAGGACAGGAAAUUGGAGAUCUACCACAGGAUCGACUCGAAAUCCUACACGUUCCACAAGGGUUACAAGUUCAAAAAGUCGGACAUUUUGCAGGGCAACAGGUCACUCAGGUUCGAGGGCAUCGCGAUGCUAAUGCAGGGCAGGGGCAAGAUGCAACUGGUGUCGGUCAUCAUCAUGUCCGACGUGUUGUUCUUCCUGCAGGAAAACUCACAAAAGUACGUGUUCUUCACGCCGGACAACAACAAGGCGGGCGUGUUCUCGCUGCAAAAGCUGCUGGUUAGAGAAAAGGCGGGGCAGGACUCUCGCAGCAUAUAUCUGAUAUCGUCCAACCCGACUGAUCCGGAAAUGUUCGAGCUCAAGGUCCACAAGCCUAAAGACAAACAGACGUGGAUCCACGCGAUAAGGGAGGCGGUCCAGCACUGCCCGGACACCGACGACAACGCGAGCAUUAGCUUGGAAGACAAGCAGAACCAGAUGCGAUCGCUAGUGGCGCUGCUCAGGCAGAACGACAUUGAGCAGGCCCUCCUUUUGGAAGAGAAAAUGGCAUUGCAAUUGAAACUGUUGGCGGCGUCGGGGCUAGAUCCGCCGUCUCCGCCCUCGUACCGGCACCUGGUCAACGAGCAAGCGGACACGGGUCAGAUGUGGAAAGAGGUGCUGACCGCGGUACAGGAGGUCAACAAGUUGGUUAGUUCCCUUUACGCGACUGGGACGAAUUUGUCGCGAAGCGUGAGCUCGGCCGGGGAGAGACACAGUGACGCCUACGUCUCUCCCAUACUGCCAAAACGAGCAGAAACGUUUAGCGGGUUCGACAAUAACGCUCCGCCCUUGAAACUGCUGGGCAAGAAGACGCUCGACACCAAAGGCCUCAAACCGGGCGACAUUAAGCAUCUGCUAGAGAAGUUGCCGUUCCGGAACUACGAAAUAUCAGGGGGGCGGCUGCUGAGCGGCGCGGGCGCUCCCAUCGCCGAGCAACAGGACGUCGACUCCGCCCACUUGCAUCCCGCAACGCAGCAGACCAACGAGACUCCCGCGCUGUUGUAUUUGGGACGCGAGCAACAGUACGCCGCCAUUCAGGUCAGCCACUACGUCUACACGUUGCUGUGCAUCAUUUCGCAAUUGAUGACCACCAACGGGAACCUGCAAGGGCAGAUAACGAGCCUGAAGAGCGGCACGGACGGCGUCAAACAGUACCGGCACAAUCAGCAGCUGGAGGAGUUGAGGAAUCUGCAGGACAAGUUGAGCGACGAGAAGGCAUCGUGGGCCGCACUCCGGGAGAGGGAGCUGAGAGAGUUGGAGGAGAAGCGGCAAGAGUUGGCGAAGCUGCAGGAGCAGGUCAGGGCGGAACAGAAGGACAUAACGCAUCAACGGGAGCAGCUGUACAGGAAGAUGGAGAUGUUGACGAACCAGGGGCUGCUGAUAUCGCCGAACGUCGCGAUACCGAUAGUUAACCAGGUCGACGAAUCGCCGCGGGACUCUUCCAAGGAGGGUUCGCCCCAGUUUUCGGACACGCCGUCCAAUAUGAGCACAGCAUCGAGCUCUCUUUCCCACUCCGCUUCGGUUGUCGCUGACAAACGAAAAGAGUCCAAAUGGGGAAAGGGCGUGGCCCAACCGAAACAGCAGCUGCCCCUGAACUUGAUUUCGACGAAAAAUCAGCAGAAGGUGUCGCAACAGCUGCCCAUCAAGCAACAGAUACCGCUGAAGCUAGCGACGAGGCUCAGUUCCGGCGUGGGCGGGGACGGCUCGAGGAGCCACCCGAAUAGUCCUCAGCAAAUUUUACCGAUGAAACUCAGCCAGGACGAGGCGAGCGAGGGCGGUCGGAACCCAAUGCGACCCUGAGGUAUGCCGGACCAGUGUCACGUCUGAAUCGGCGAGGCGCAACUCAUAUUGCGUUUCCAUUUUAAAUCAAGAGGGGCCGGUUAGUCGAGGACAUUUUUCAAGGUUAAAGUUGUCCGAGUGCGAUGUAACCCUCGUAUUUGCCCUAUCUGUUUGAGUUUAAUGGUACAAAGUAUGAAAGUGCUGGGUCCCAGUUUAAUGAGGCAAAUUUUUGAGGAAUAAUUCAGAUUUUCUUAAAAACAAGGCAAGUUUUUCAGAAAUUUUGCACUUGUAUUUUCCAGAAAAUCUUACUUAUUUUUAUUAUAAGAAGGCCCGGCGUUUCGAAAAUCUACAAAGAAAGUUUUGUCCUUAAAAUUACCUAAAGAAAAAUUGAAGGUCGAUGAGGGUAAAUCAAAAUAAAAGGCACCCUGGAGGAUCGAAAAAAUAGUGUUUAAUGCGUCAAAGUACGGGUUAGCGUUCCGGCUCUAAUUAGACUAAUUUAAUCGAAGACGUUAAAACCAUGGGGGUGGCCUGAUACGCUGUUUUGAAACUAAAAGAACAUUGAACUUCCGUUUUCUUUUUCUGCAAAUUCUAACCAUGACAUAGAUAAAUAAUACGUUUUUAGCUAAUACUGUCAAUUGAAUAGAAUAUUAUUGUUUUUUUUCAAAUUCUAAUACUUGCAAAGUAGUGAUUGAAUAGUACUCCAUUGAUAAACAGUCUCGAACUCAGUUAAGUAGUUUCUAAAAAUUAAAAAACAGAAAAAUUGGGACUCCCGCAAAAUUGCUCAAUCAUCAAUCAAUCGUGUAUUGUCACUUUCUAAAACUAUUUUCUUUUUUACUUAUCAUUUGUUACUGACAACUGUUGAUAGCUUUUUUUUUAAAAUAUUAUAGGUCUCUGCUAUGGUUAAAUGUCGUUGAUUCUGACAAUAUAAUAUUACGCUAAGGGUCGUGUAGUGUCAAAAAACUAAGAAACGAUAGAGUGCAGUCCGCAGGGCUCAUAAAGUAUGGCGACUAUCUUCGCCGUUGUCGAAUUUCCGACGGACAAUGGUACGGUGUUGCCAAAUUUUACUUUCCGCUCAAACGUAAUUAUUGUUCGUUUAUAGAGGAUAAGGUAUUAACGUUAACUUCGGUUGGUAUUUAUUUUCAAAGCGUUUUUUAAAUGUUGAUAAUAAAAAGCAACAGUAUUUUUAAAAACUUCUGAAGUGGAUAUAAUAAAACUUGCGUAGUGGUAAAAUAUGCUAUUAUAAAAAUAUUAAUAAGGUCUCAUUGAGCCGGCCACGCGCGGGAAAAAUAUAAUAAGGGGCGGGAUUUUUUUCCGUUCGAAAGUCUUCCGCCGUUAUUCAUUUUUGGUAAAAGGAAAACGCGUGGCCGACGGCCGCCCGAACGGCUAGUGCGACAAGCUCUCAGGGGGCGGCUUCAUUUUGGGCUUCGUCUGAAAAAACUAUAGACUGAAGAUACACGAUGUUUGUUGUAUAAAAAAUAUAAAGCAUUUUUUUUUCUGUAAAUGAAUUUAACUGUGAUACAUCAACAUUUGAUCUGUUAACUUUUCGAAUGUACGUUGCAUAUUUAACCUAUCAUCGUCACGUGUACGAGGUGUUCCUGCUCUUGCAGCACGCUUACCAGUGAGUCUCUUAAACCAUGCUGUAUUUUAAUCGUUUUUAAUAUUUACACUUUUUUUUUUUAAUACAAAGAUAUGUUUAGUUAAAAUUUUUGUUUUUACCGUUUACUCGGAAGUUACUACAUAGAGAUUACAUCGAAUCUCGUACUCCUACUGUCGGAGAAGGGACGCCUCUACAUUCAUCUAUUUCUAAAAUUAUAUUACGUUAAGUUUAAUUUAAUUUUACAUUGUACUUUUUCUAUUAUUUUCCUGUAGAAUGAAUUAUAUAGUUUUUUAAUGCGUUAAUUCAUGUAUAUUGUGUAAGAUGGCAUCAAUAUAUUUAUUAUGA